AGGCAGGCAGGCGCAGGGACGCUGGCUGGGCUCCUCCUCGCGCGGGCGACUGGGCGGGCUCGGCUUUUCGGCGGCCGUUUCGGGCCUCUUUUCCCUUUCAGCCACGCAGCGCGGCAGCUCCCACCCUCCUCCUGUCUUCGGUUCCCCGCCACCCGAGGCUCGCUCGCUGGUCCUGCCUGCGUGCUUGAGACGGCGGAGGCGGGUGGCGCGACCGGCCGGCCGGCGAGGAGGGCCGGAGCGAGUGAGCGAGCGUGUGUGUGUUUGUUUGUGUGUGGUAAAGGCCGGAGCGGCCGGCGGGGGAGAUGAACACCGUCCUGACCCGCGCCAACUCUCUCUUCGCCUUCUCGCUGAGUGUGAUGGCGGCGCUGACCUUCGGCUGCUUCAUCACCACCGCCUUCAAAGAGCGCACGGUGCCCGUCAGCAUCGCCGUCUCGCGGGUCAUGCUGAAAAAUGUAGAAGACUUCACUGGACCUGGAGAAAGAAGUGACCUUGGAAUCAUUACUUUUGACAUUACUGCAGAUCUGCACAGUAUAUUUGACUGGAAUGUGAAACAAUUAUUUCUGUAUUUAUCAGCAGAAUAUUCAACAAAGAACAAUGCUUUGAACCAGGUUGUCCUCUGGGACAAAAUUAUUUUGAGAGGGGAUAACCCAAAGCUGCUGUUGAAAGACAUGAAAUCAAAAUACUUCUUCUUUGAUGAUGGAAAUGGUCUCAAGGGCAACAGAAACAUCACAUUGACGCUUUCAUGGAAUGUCGUACCAAAUGCUGGCAUCCUACCUCUUGUGACAGGAGCAGGACACAUAUCUGUUCCAUUCCCAGAUACUUAUAAAACGGCAAAAAGCUAUUAAAUUAUUAUGCUGAA